UGUUUGUGUGUGAGAGAGAGAAUGUGUUUGUGUGUGUGAGAGAACGAGUGUGUGUUUGUGUGUGAGAGUGUGUGUGUGUGCUGGAGUUACAAUAAUGUUCCAGUGUACUGAAAACGUUGAAGACGGAGCUAAAGUUUGUUGGAGCUUUCAGUCUGAGUGUCGAAGGAAUCGGAGAUUAUAAACUGGACCUGAAGAUGGACACAAAAACUGUUCAUAAUUAAAAUUCUGAUUGUGAGUGAUUCAGUCACGACCGGACCCUGGACCCUGGACCCUGUUCUGCUGCAGCACCAUGCACCUGGACACAUUCUGCCGCCGCGUUUGCGCUCGUGUCCGCAAACUGGUCCGGUUUGUUUGAAGGCGCGCGCAGCAGUACAGCAGGAGGGAAGGAGAGAGUGAGAGAGUGAGAGAGGAACGAAAGAAGGGAGGAAGGAAGAAAGGAGGGGCGAGAUGAGGCUGGUUCUGGUCCAACCCACCAAUGAGACGAGCCGCGUGGACUCGACGGUGGGGGCCUCCGCCGGCGCCGCACGCAGCACCGAGAGCGAGAGCGCGCCGAAGCGGUUCGGUCCGCAGCCCGCCGCACGCGACCAGCAGGAGGAGGAGGAGGAGGAGGAGGAGGAGGCGGUGAUGCGGCAUCGGGACUCGCGCGCUGUCCGACAGCAGCAGCAGCAGCGACCGCACGCAGCAUCGCCAUCCUCAUCCUCAGCAGCGCCGUUUUACACCCUGCCGCCUCCACCGCCGCCGCCGCUGUCUCACAGUGCGCGCGGACACCGGAAACCGCCCAGCGCGACCGGACAACUGCAACGGGGCGGCGCACGAGAACCGUCAUCAUCAUCAUCAUCAUCAGCAGCAACAGCAGCAGCAGCAUCACAGAGUAAAGGCGCUGAGUCCGGUCUCGCGAACAUCCAGCGGCGCAACUGCACCUUCACCAAAGCGUCAGCUCGCGCUCUCAGCUCCGUCUCCCCGGACUCCCCGGCUGACCCCGCCUGGUGCGGCUCGCGAUUGGCGGAGGAUCAGUCUCGAGGGAACCAGUGGAGCAAACCUGCGCAUCGUCUCUCGUGCAGCUGCGGAAAAGAAGGCGGGUCGUUGCCGGAAGAGCAGCUACAACUGCAGCAGCCACAACAAACGCUACAGCAGCAGAUCAGCAGCAGCAGCAGCAGCAGCAAUCCGUUCACUGCUCUGCUGCUGCAGAACCCGCCGCCGACACCACCACCAGCAGCCCCGCCAGCACCGGCACUGCCACCGGCACUUUCAUCACCGCUAUUUUCAUCAUCAGCAGCUCAUCGGCAUCAGCUGCCGCGCGCUCCCGCGGGCCAGUCGCCCGAAGCCGCCGCCGCUCGCGCGCUCCCGGACCCGCAGGCGGCUCGGUUGCAGGUGCAGCAGCAGCGGCUCGUGAGGAGCAGUUUACCCGAGAGCUGCGCGAGAGGAGCGCCGCACGAGCUGUGCGCACAGCGGCCCUGUGGCAUACAGCAACACUAUCAGCAGCACCAACACCAACAGGAACACCUUCACCAACACCAUCAGCAACACCAACAACAGCAACAGGGCGCGCGAGCAGAAUGGCACCGUGACGGAGACACGAACCCGAGCGCGGAGCACGAGCCUCAGAGAAACCAAGGGCAUCAGGUGAGUGCGGAUGGCAGCAGGCUGAGCCAUGCUUGGUCGCGCUCUUCGCUGUCGCCCAGCGGCCCCGCGCUCCCUCAGAUAGCCAUGAACAGCUGCAAGUACAAUGGCGGCGUGGUGAGACCGCUGGGCAGCAGGAACCUGGCCGAUCUGGACUCGGAGACACAGCCGCUGCAGACACUCCACACCUCCGGCCUCGAGGUUGUAGUGUCGAAGGGUAGAGACGAGCCAGGCAAGCCGCUGCAUGAGGAUGCCGGCAACGCACCGCACAAAAGGAACAAAGACAUUGGCUACAAGCUCGGCCACAGGAGGGCGCUGUUUGAAAAGCGCAAGCGCCUCAGCGACUAUGCCCUCAUAUUCGGCAUGUUCGGCAUCGUCGUCAUGGUGACGGAGACAGAACUCUCUUGGGGGGUUUACACAAAGGAAUCCUCAUAUUCAUUUGCACUGAAAUGCCUUAUCAGCCUUUCCACUCUAAUCCUCCUCGGUCUGAUUAUUAUGUAUCAUGCACGAGAAAUUCAGCUUUUCAUGGUGGACAACGGAGCGGACGAUUGGCGAAUAGCCAUGACUUACGAGCGCAUUCUGUUCAUUGUGCUGGAGCUUCUGGUGUGCGCCAUCCACCCAAUCCCGGGACAGUACGUUUUCACGUGGACGGCACGUUUGGCAUUCACGUACACGCCGUCUGUGGCCGACGCGGACGUGGACAUCAUCCUGUCCAUCCCCAUGUUCUUUCGCCUCUAUUUAAUUGGCCGUGUCAUGCUGCUGCACAGCAAACUGUUCACGGACGCUUCAUCGCGCAGCAUCGGCGCCCUCAACAAGAUCAACUUCAACACACGCUUCGUCAUGAAGACCCUCAUGACCAUCUGCCCCGGCACCGUGCUGCUCGUCUUCAGCAUCUCCUCGUGGAUCAUUGCUGCCUGGACGGUGCGCGUGUGUGAAAGAUAUCAUGACAAACAGGAAGUAACGAGUAACUUCCUGGGUGCGAUGUGGUUAAUCUCCAUCACCUUCCUCUCCAUUGGUUAUGGAGACAUGGUGCCACACACCUACUGCGGAAAAGGAGUGUGUUUGCUGACAGGAAUCAUGGGGGCGGGCUGCACUGCGCUGGUGGUCGCGGUGGUGGCCAGGAAACUCGAGUUGACCAAGGCGGAGAAACACGUUCAUAACUUUAUGAUGGACACUCAACUCUGCAAAAGAGUGAAGAACACGGCUGCUAACGUACUCAGGGAAACGUGGCUCAUCUACAAACACACCAAGCUUGUGAAGAAGAUCGACCACGCCAAGGUCAGGAAGCACCAGCGCAAGUUCCUGCAGGCGAUUCACCAACUGCGCAGUGUGAAGAUGGAACAGAGAAAACUGAACGAUCAGGCCAACACACUCGUCGACCUAGCCAAGACACAGAAUGUGAUGUAUGACCUGGUGUCGGAGCUGCAGGAGCGCAGUGAGGAGUUGGAUAAGCGGAUCGGUCAUUUGGAGGAGAAGCUGGACUCCAUCGCUCUGAGCGUCCAGUCGCUGCCUGAGCUGCUGAACCGAGCCAUAACGCAGCAGCAGCGCCACCUGCUGGACAGCUUCAUCCACCAUUCCACACACUCCACACACUCCUCACACUCCUCACACUCCUCACACUCCAGCUCGGCAUCGGUGCGCCGCCGGAGGUCUCCGUCCACCGCUCCUCAUACGUCCUCCGACAGCGGCUAACACACACACGCACACACUCACACACACACUAUAGACACGCGUGUGCUUCUCCGACUAACACGGCUCAAGGAAAAAAAGACUCCAAAGACUUUAACACACUGACACGAAAAAAAGAAGAAAAAAGAAAUAAAAAUAAGGUAAUGAGUUAACAGUU